UCCUCUUGUACCAACCUAGGAAAAAAAAAUUAUCAAUUCGGUCUUCGCACGCAGUUUAAAUUGACCAACCUGGGGCAAAAUUGAUCAGAUGAUAUAAUUAUAAAGGUCUAAAGCGUUGCCAUAUUGUUAAAGUAAUUUAUUAAAGCAAAACAUUUUAUCGCAGAUACUUUCAUUGUAAAGAACCAUGAAACUGUAAUGAUAACUUUUUGAAGUUCAAUGCUUUGGAUAUUUCACAUACACACAUACUUAAAUAUGUAGUAUGUUUUCGUAUAGAAAUUUUUGUAAAAGCCAACAAAAACACUCGGUUAACACUUUUAAACGUGCAUAUACCGUUAGUGUGUGCAUGUGCUCCUAUUCGAGACUACAUAAGCAUGUUUUGAUAAGAUCGAAAAUUGAUAGCAUCUUUACCAUUUUGAGCUGUUUUUUAUUGCUAUUAUGACUAUCAGUGUUUAAAUGCUGUCAACCAAGAAUAUAAAAAUGAACCCACAUUAAAGGUAACAAACAGUACGUCUUACGCAGUACAACUUGACGACAAUAACGGCUGCUAAGGCUUCUUCGUAACGCGGCAAGCAUAAACACUUGGAACUUAUAACCACUUCUUACGGCAAACAUGAAUUGUGACUACGCUAUUGGUUUGCUGGCAAUCAUUGGCUUCAUUGUCGCCGCUAAUGCAACGUCCAUUAAUCUUUGUGCAGGUGUGGCCAACAACGUUUUUGUAACGGAUAUCACUAACUGCACCAACUAUUAUAUUUGCGUUAAUGGCGAGCCGAUCGCUCAGCAAUGUCGUAAUAACUACUUCUUUAAUGGCAGGACGCAAUCGUGUGAGGUAUCCAACUCGUCCUGCUUGUCAUGCAACCCGAAUAUAUUGUCUUCAGUGGGCUUGGAAAGGACUUGCAACAAAUAUGCGCUCUGCUUUGCUGGUACACCGGUGCUACAAGAAUGCGCUGAUGAUUUACAAUACAACCCGAACUUAAAUGCUUGCGAUUAUCCACAAAAUGUGGAUUGUGUUGCAAACCGUUGUUCCAUUUAUGAUAGUCCCGAUAGUAUUGUCUACGCUCCUAGCCAGGCGUCGUGUUCGAGAUAUUUUAUAUGCAUGAAUGGCCAGCCACAAAACCGAACAUGUGUCGGUAGUUUGCAAUUUAACGCUGUCAACAACCAAUGCGUCCGUCCAGCUAAUUCUAAUUGCACUAUUGCCGCUAUACCUAGAUCACGUUCCUUCCAAAGUGCUGCCGAGAUCGCUCCACGCAUGGUCGAUAUCAGCUGCCCCCGUGAGGGUAUUCAGCAGAUCGCACACGAAAACUUAAAUCAAUACUACAUGUGUGUUAACGGUAAGGGUGCACUAAUGACUUGCGCUGCCAAUCUGUUCUUUGACAUGGGGAUGGGCGCUUGCCGCCGCAAAGAGGAUAUCCUAAAAAAUUAUUAAAAAGAAUAUCCUAAAAAAAUAUUUAGUUUCUCUCGUCCAUAAUCGCUAAAUGAAUAUGUGCAUUUUUUAGUUCUUCGAUAUUUUGCCACGUACAAUUAUUAAAAAUUAUCAAGACAGGGUGAACUUGUUUUGAUCGCUAAGCAAUUAAAUAAAAAGGUUGAGGUUAAAUGAAAAUCAA